AUAGUUGUCGUAAAACCUUAACCAACAUGGCGGCAACAAGAAGCAAGGUCAUCAGAUUGUACAAGAAUUUAUUGAAAGAAUGCAAUAAAUUCAAUACGUACAAUUACAGAACGUAUGCAGUAAGGCGAACAAAAGAUGCUUUCCGAGAUUACAAAAAUGAAACUGAUCCUUCUGUGAUACAACAGCUGAUUACGAAAGCGGAAAGUAACCUGGAAAUGGUCAAACGACAGGUGCUUAUUGGUCAGAUGUACGGUGAGGGUAAUUUAGUAAUAGAAAGCAUACCCAAGACGGUAUGACCAGUCAGUGUGGCGAGUCUGUGAGGGGAUCAAUAUCCAUAUCCAAGAACAGAACUACAACAUAGUAUACUCAUCAUGUGUAACUGUCACCGCCAUGUAACAGUCUUGGAUGGAGAUGCAAACAUGUUUGAAAUCCAAAGCAGGAAGUUGAAGAUCUUUAAGCUUUGUGUUUUUGACAAGAUAUUGUGAAAACAGUGUGAACCAGUCUUCACUUCAACCUUUAAGAUCUGUGUAAUUUGUAUUUUUUUUGAGGUGUCUGAUGUAUGAACAGAAUAUUAUUUAUCAACUUUUCCACAAUACAACUUUUUGAAGGUUAUUAAGGAAUAUGUACAUUGAGUAUAUUAAUUAACUAAAUUUCACAAUCCAUACAUCUUGUAGUCAUAAUAAAAUCCAUAAUGUACAUGUAAUAAUACUUUAUGAGGUUCUAAUUGGCCUGACUAGUGUGGUUCUUAAUGUAACAAUAUAUACAUGCUUGAAUUUGACGACAAGAAAUCAGAAAAAUUAAAGGAUCAAAUGUUUUUGGCAAAAAAACUCUUUAAGAAACUUGUCAGCAAAUUUAUAAGAUCCAUCAACUUCUAGCCAAGUUCAUGAAAGGUUUUAUAACUGGAGGCAUACAUUGUUACAGUGUAUUAAUAUUCUUACCAUGUCAAUAACAAAAGUAAUUCAGAUGAAAGGGGAGAUAAUAAGGGUAUUAUUCACUUAUGAUGUAGCAAUGAUUAAAACUGUUCCACUGAUCACUUCCUGAUAUGCUAAUGUUGUGUGUAUCAUGCAUUUAUUACAAUCUUUUUAUUCCCAUUUUCAUUUCAAAUUCAGAUGUAUCUUUUUCUGCUUGUGAUAAUGUUGUGCAUGUGACUAAACAAUCCAACAUCAGACUUUAUGUCGGAUGAGGGUCAUUUGCAUACAUACAAAUAAAAGUUAAGGAAAAUAUGUCCA